AUGGGGACCUCAGGGCGUUCCCGUCUCGAGCGCUUCCAGCACUUAAAGGGUAGGAUCCCGACGUGCGCGCAUUUGACGCUGCCGGUCCCUGCGUGGCAACAGGAGCGAGGGAUUCCCCCAAACGACGCCGAGCGAGAGGAGGAACAUUCAUUUAUGAGGCAGCCUCCAAACGAUGUCGAGAUGGCGUUAGGGAGCACGCUUCUGCCGUCUAUCUCCACGUUUGCCAGCUGCCCCACUGUCAAAACAGAAUACUUGGGAAGUGCGAAUUUAAGAUGGAAGGAGGAGUUGUCCCUUCUUAAGAUUUCCUGUGUGCCAACUGGAACCAGCUGCUCGGACCCAGACCCCCCCAACAGCAUGUCCAAGAAGGAGUCCGAGCCAGACCUGGACCUGGACUAUGAAUUCAUCUUGUCUAACUCUCUCCUGCAACAACAGCAGCAGCAGCAGCAGCAGCAGCAGCAGCAGCAGCAGGAGGAGGACUCUCUGGCCCAGGCCCUGUCUCCUUCCCCCAGGCCUUUCUCGUCUCCGUACCCUCUCCCCUCUCCCCAACCCACGGCCACGGAGCUCCUCUACAGCAUCCCGGACAUCAACGACGUCUCUCCCUCGGGUGGGUUCGUGGCCGAGCUGAUGAGGCCGGACCUGGACCCGGCCUACCUCCACCCCACUGCGGGCCUCCACGGCAAGUUUGUGGUGAAGACGGCGAUAGACACGGGGGAGUACAGCCAAGGGGUCAGCGUCAGCAAGGCCUGUCCUCCGUCUAACUUUUCGUGUCAGAGAAUAAAGCAGGAGAACCCGAAUGACUGCACCAUGUCUCAGUCCCUGGAUCUUCACCUGGCAGCCAUGGCGUCUCAGGGCAGGGGCGGCCAGCAGCAGCAGCAGCAGCAGAGGCCGGGGCACUUGGAGCUCCAUGGGUUCCCUGGGUCGGUGCGGUCCAUGACGGGGGGCCGGUUGUCCUCGUCCUCCUCCUCUCUCUCUCCGGACCACCCUCUGAGCCGCGAGCACCCGGUCCUCAGCCACUCGCAGAUACCUCUGUCGGCCGCGGGAGGAUACCACCACCACAGCCCCACGCAGGGGUUCCCAUCGUACCCCCAGACGUCUGCUCUGCCGUACCAGGACCCGUCCCUGGCUCUGGGAGGUCUCUCAGAGGAACCAAAACCCAAACGUGGCCGUCGCUCCUGGCCCAGGAAGCGAGUGGCCACACACACCUGCGACUACAUCGGCUGUGGAAAGACUUACACCAAGAGCUCCCAUUUAAAAGCACACCAUCGAACGCACACAGGCGAGAAGCCGUACCACUGCGACUGGGAGGGCUGCGGCUGGAAAUUUGCACGUUCGGACGAGCUGACCCGGCACUACAGGAAGCACACAGGCCACAGACCGUUCCAGUGUCAGAAGUGUGACCGCGCCUUCUCCCGCUCGGACCACCUGGCUCUGCACAUGAAGAGGCACCUAUGA